UUCCCAGUAAACGGUCACACUGCACGCAAACAGCAGGCACUUAUUUGUAACAGCUGUUAUCUUGUUGUUCUAUUGCCGUUCAGGUGCUUCGCUCUUUUUUGUCGCUUGAUUAAUGAGAAUGAACAUCGAUGAGCUAAAUGACGACUGUCUCUGCAUUAUCCUGGAGUACUUGCCACUGCCUGAUCAGAUUGCAAUGGCACGGAGCUCGUUGCGCUAUGAGCAGCUGCUGGGCGAGAUUGUGUGGAGGAAAGCGCGCUAUCGUGAAGUAUCCGUAUCGGAUGAUAUGUUGAAGCCGCUUAAUAAGGAAGACUACAUGUUCUUCUUUGAGGUGACGAGCCCACAUAUGGAGAAGCUGUACAUCUGGAAUGUACACGAAAAGGCAUUCGACUCGUAUUUGGGGAGGCAUUUGCUGCGACCCGAGCUCGCAUUCUAUUUGUGCUUGAAGCUCACAAAUCUGCGCGAGCUGUGCGUCACGGACGACUACAUGAACAACAGCAUGAUACAAAUCGUGAGCAAAAGCUGUCCUCAUCUGAACUGCUUAAGCGUAUCGAGCGCCUAUAUAACGGGCCAGUUUAUGGUCGAUCUGCACAAUCUGAAGACGCUCGUGGCAAGGGAGUGCUCCAUCGAGGCGUCGCACCUGGCUGAGAUGCUCACCCAGCUGCAGUUAACCACACUGGACGUGACCGCCAAUAGAUAUAAUAUAGAGCAAACUAUACUGCAAGCGCCUACAGCUAGAUUGUUGCGCCUGCAGCGUUUGGGCAUCUCGGAUGCAAAAGACUUCGGAUUUCACAUCGGCGAGCAGCUGCCGGCGCUCAGGGAGCUGGUCGUGAGCUAUCACGGCGUAAAGGCGGAGGACUUGCGAGAUAUGAUGGACACUACACGGCAACUGGCUGCGUCGUCCGACUCCAAAUUCACAAAGCGCCUGCAGUCGAUCAUGUGCAAUGUGGUUGAUGUGGAAGUAGCCCUAGAGCAGAUGACGGGACUAGAAACUCGGAGUCCGCGCGCCUCUCCUCAAUUCUGUGAGCUCUUAAAAAUCAUUUACAAAUGUAAAUAGGGCAUAGAAUGUUUCUACUUUGAAGUUAUUUUUAUAGCCUUGCGAUUAGAUAUUCUAAUUUUGGCAAGCGACAUGCUCGCAAUUACAGUGCAGUCUUACUUUGAUGAACCUUAUCUGGUCACAAUGAGCUGAGCUGAUUUAUUAAAGAUUUCGCAAAGCGACAGCCAAACAUUCAAAAGUCUUUCCAAAUUUACAAAAUUGAUUAUUGAUUUUACCAUAGUAAUUCCAAGUCGAAGUGCAAUUAAAAAUAUUUUAUUGUAAUAAACUGUUAAAUAUUCGUAUCAUGUUAAAUCAAUGUUAUUUCAUAAAACAAAAGUUUGGUAUCCAAUCUUCUUAUACAUUGAUCGCAUUGAUUGCAAAUUUAAAUUUAUUUUAAAGUAUAAAAAUCAAAUGAUGUGAGAUAUACUGUGCAAAACCCUAUAGUGAAAACCAAAGAAAAACUAAUUUUUUUAUUUUUUUAAUUUUUUUUUUAAGCUUUUUCUGCAUACUUUUGUAUGGUAUGUCAAUAAGAAACUUUAUAACCUUUUUAAAACUCCUAAUGUAAAUACUCAGGAUUUUAUAAAAAUGUAAACAUGUAACAAAUCGAAAAUGACGUAAUAGACCUCAUAAAGCAUUAUAUUCUCUA